AUGAAGGCCUCUUCGCUCCUCGCUGUUGUCGUCUCUCUUCUCGCAUCUGGUGCCGCGGCCGUCAACUACUACUCGGACAUGACCACCGGGAAGUUCACCAUCUCCUACGACGGCAGCCAUGUGCGCGUGUGCAACGACAAAGCCUUCACGUUUGCCGACGCGCACAGGAACCCGGCCAACGCGCAGUGCGAUCACAACGGUCCGUGCCAAUGGGUGUCGAACUGCGCCUCCAACUGCGUCUUCACUUCUCCGAUCACCAACAUCAACGGCAGGUACUGCUACUCGGCGCCCCUGGCCCCUGCCACGUUUGGCAUCGGCGUCUCCAACGACCCCAGCCUGUCGGCCAUUUUCGCGCUGAGCGGGAUCAACCAGGGUUUCGGCGUCCUGGCCAAUGGACAGUACGCUCAGUUCGGUGCCUUCCACCCCGAGUGA